GCUUCUGACCACCAUCGUGUCUCGUGCUGCUUCCUCAAUAUCAUCCGCUCACUCCAGCUUUCGGGGCAGCGCCAUGUCUAAACUUGCGACACAGGCUCUCACCUUAUAGCUGGGCUGAGAACGAACCUGCGCGCGUGAGGCGUUGGCAUGCUGGUAGCGGGCAGCGGCCCGCACUCUCCCUGACAGCUGGCUUCUCAUUCCCCCGCGAUUCAUGAAGCUGGUCGUAUAAAUGUCUUUGCCUGCAUAUCCGAACGCUUAGCACCUCCAGUAUCUCUGCGCCUCAUCUGACAUGUACCUCCUCGUCGUCCUCUUAGCUUCCUUACUCUCUUGGACCCACUAUGCCGCUGCGCAAGACGGGUACGCCACCGAGAACGGAGGUGUCACUGGCGGCUCUGGCGGUACUACUAUUACUGUGUCGUCGGCUGCGGCCUUCGAGACUGCUAUCGUGCAAGACGAGCCCACCGUCGUAUACCUCUCGGGACCCCUCGAGCUCGACGACCGUCUCAAUGUCGCUAGCAACACCAGUAUAUUCGGGAUAGGUUCGGACGCAGUCAUCACCGGUGGUGGGCUUCGCAUCGAGGACGCGUCAAAUGUCAUCGUGCAGAACCUGGUCAUCAAUAAGAUCGUAGGCGACGAUGCCAUUAGCAUCCAAGAAAGCACGAACGUAUGGAUCGACCACAACGAGUUCUUCUCGGACACGGAUCACGGAUUCGACUACUACGAUGGGCUGCUGGACAUAACACACGGCUGCGACUUCAUCACGGUGUCGUAUAACUAUUUCCAUGAUCACUACAAGUGCUCCCUGAUCGGCGCAGAUCCUGACAACGCUGACGAAGACACCGGCAAAUUCCACAUUACCUACCACCACAACUACUUCAAGAACAUCCAUACGAGGACGCCCGCCGCCCGCUUCGCCCACGUCCACUCUUACAACAACCUUUUCGAGGAUAUCGUAUCGCAAGGAAUCCACUCGCGCUCGGACGCCGAAGUGCUCAUCGAGGGCAACGUCUUUGUGAACUCAACCGAACCGCUCUCGACAUACGGAUUCGUCAUCCCAGACGACUCGCCGGAGGACCCCGAGGGCGACUACGAGCCUGAUGGGUACGCGAACUUGGGCGCAGACAAUGACUGGGGCAGCGGCGAGAUCAAUCUCACGCAGACGGGGACCUUCACGAGCGUACCGUAUGCGUACACGCUUACACCACUUGACGAAGUGCAGGCGGCGGUGCAGGCCGGGGCAGGGGUAGGCAAGUUGUAACGUCGCCUCAAGUGAGGCUGUCGCCAGGGGACUUGGGCUUGCCGAGCGCAUGGCAGGGACGACGGCGCCUUCGAAAGGCCAGAUAUGAAAGACCUCGACCAUGCCUCUCUACCGGGCCUGUCAAUCGAUGCCGAUGAAACGGCCAUGCCACUCUGCACUAAUAUGGCCAUUCCAUUGUCCGAGUCAGACAGCCGUGCGCCGCAGUCUGUAACCGAGCCGGGACCCGUGGUCCGAUCAAUGUCUCCGAGAUGCGAGAUGGUUCGCUGGCCUUUUGCGCGUGCAGAUCACUGCCGAAUCGCCGGGUGAUUGAGAACAAUGCAAAGAGAAGACGUACUUUCGCGCGUGUGGCAAUGGGCUUUCGAUUGUCGGGCGUGGUCCCACUCCCCUUGUUCUGUAUCUGAGCUCAUUCAUCCCAUCUGAG